GGAUUUUAUUGCGGAAGCGAUUACUUUUCUCUCGCAGCUAGCAGGCAGGCAUUAUUUGCUUAAAACAAAUACUUUCGCAAAUAUUUAUACAGUACAAAACAUCGUCAACUCAAUAACAUCGACUUGAGAAGCGAAAACAAUUGAUUGACUUCAUAACAAGAAGACUGCGAAAACUGUCUAAACGGGUGUGUGUGACGCGUCUCUUCCUACAUUCAGAUCCUAUCGUGUUGACGAUCAAGGAUUGCUUUCACAGUCGCUAACUACGGGUUUUGACACUUUGCCUGCUAGUCAGUCGGGAUGAAGCCUGGAGUAGGGGCAUGUCAGGACCCCUGUCAGGGUGGUCCGGGGGUGGGUGACAGGGGGGACGACACCCUGGUGUCUCUGCCCCCUAAAGACACCCCCGGCUCCCCCACAGGGUCACCCUCAGAGUUGGGAAGCCCUGGCCCCCGCCAGGUCGCGACCUUUGACCUGCUCAAGAUGGUGGUGUCUUACAAGAGGAUGGCGCUGUUUCUGGAGCCGCUCACUGAUACGUUGGAGCUGGCCCGCUACCUACUGGGGUGGAGGAUGCCUCUGUGCUCACUACUGGUCUGUGUACUGCUCAACAUCCUCUUCCUCACUCUGAGUGAAGUGGGGUGGUUCUCUGUGUGUGUUCUGGGGGUGUCUGCCCCGGCUGCCCUGGGUUACCUGCAGGACAGGUGUGGGGGCGGGGCUUCGGAUGCGGAGCAACAGAAGAGGCGGUGCCACGCGGUGCAUCGUAAGGACCUGCAGAACGUUCAGCUCACCAGACAGGACGCCAUGCUGGAAGUCAAGGACCUGUUAAAGCAGCUAGAUGACCUGUUGUCUCAUGCCUGCCUGUCUGCUGAGUCUGUCUACAAGCUCCUGUACUGGGAGAGCCACUCUGAGUCCUCCAGGUUCUAUGGUGGCCUGUUAGCUGUAUUGAUGCUGCUGUAUUCUGUUCCUGUGUGCUGGGUGCUGGCCUGUCUCACUACUGCCCUCUUCCUGUGGAACCGAGACUUCUGCAGGGUUGUGUUGGACCUAAGGGAGGUGGUCCAGUCUGGCCAGAACCCAUCCUCAGAAGGAGAGAUGGACCACACAGAACCGGACUGCGGCAGCCUGGACCGGACUCCCACUGCUAGCAGCUUGGAGGACCUGUCCCCGGGCAGCGUAGAGGAGGCUGAGGAGGCAGAGCCUGAUGAUGAGUUCAAAGAUGCCAUCGAGGAGGAUGAUGACACAACGUCAGAUUUAGACACCAUCUCCAUCACCUCAGACAACGGUCUGCUGAGUCGCAACGAGCCAAUCCGCAGUAAGGUGUCCAAACUGACGGAGAAGCUACGCAAACGCUACCCCACCAACAACACAGGUAACUGUUCCAGCUGCAGUGCUGUCUUCUCAGUGGUGAAGAGAAGGCGGAGCUGUAGUAACUGUGGCAACAGCUUCUGCUCCAGAUGCUGCUCCUACAAGGUCCUCAAGGCCUGCAUGGGUGUUACAGCUCCAGAUGCCCAGAGAGAGACAGUGUUUGUUUGUGCUGUCUGCAACUCCACCCUCAGCAAGUGAGAAAUGACUACCCCCUCCUACCCACUCAUGGAGACCCAGGGAUGGUACUGCCCCUCCUACCCAGGAUUCGAAGCUCCUUGGCUGGGUAGAGCCCGCGGCAGAUCAGCCUCUAGCCCCCCCUGGGGGUGGUUCAAAACCCCAGGUUGUCUGGUUCUCUGGCUCUAGCCCAGGUGACAAGGGUUAUUAAGAUGAACCAGUCCCAAAUGGCAACCUAUUCCCUAUAAAUUACACUGCUUUUGCCCAGAGCCCUAUGGGAUUCCCUAUAGGCUCUGGUCUACAGUAGUGGACUAUAUAGGGUGUCAUUUUGGACGCUCCCCCAGACUCCCAUCAGCUUGUGUUGCAUUGAGAUUUAUCCUGUACUGUCAUGGAGGUCCUGAGAAUGCUGAGGUGUGUGUGUGUGUGUGUGUGUGUGUGUGUGUGUGUGUGUGUGUGUGUGUGUGUGUGUGUGUGUGUGCGUGGCUGCGUAUUUGGAUUGUAUAAGAUAUGCUAUAGAUUGACCCUGUUAUAACUUAUCCAUUAUGUAAUGGUUUUAUAUGUUGGUCCUAAUGUUAAUUUAAUGGAUGUAAAGACAGGAUGCUAAAUGGCAUACCCUAAUCCCCAUGGAGCAUAACCUAACCCCAUGGAGUGAUUUCCAGAGGGAACCCAGAGCUGUGUUCAAAUACUCAUACUAGCUGUACUAUUUGUGAUGUAAAUUUAGUAUGUAGUAUACUUAUUGGUCAUAGUAUGCCAAAAGUUCCUGGAUGUCGUACUAAAUUCACCAAAAUACGAAGUAUACAAGCAGUGGACACUAUUUCUGUGCUUUUAGGAACCAUAAUGCGAUUCUUCAGAAAAUGGGCGUGGCUUCACCAACAUUUUCAGAUUUGAGGAAAAUGGCCGACGAGAGCAGAUACAAAUGAAUUGCUUUAAGAAAAUGUUGAGCAAUGUAAUAAAGUAAUGACUUUUCAAAUAAGUUAAA